AUGCGAGUUCUGGCUCUUCAGCUGUUGGCAGUAUGCCAACUUGUCUGUGCAUCACCAUGCAAACCUUCUUCUUCGUCUGCUUCAGUCGCUUUAUCUGCGACUUCCAUUGAAGCCUCGUCUACUGCCGUUGUCUCAUCUUCAACCAUCGCUGAUGAAACCGAAACAUCAACCACGCCCUUCCCUGUUCUCUCAUCGUCAACUAUGACUGAUGAGAUUGAAACGGUUACCACUUUCUUCACUGAAUUGACGGCCGUGUCCGAGACUGAGACAGCUUCUGGCUCUACCACUGAUGUGACCUCUGAUUCGGCUAUUUCCACUAUCCUGAUCACCACUUCAAGUACUGAACCAACUACACUCGCGACAUCCACUGCGGAACCUACAACCACCACUACAGCUGCCGAAGAACCAACCAACGUCAUCACAAACCCCGGGUUCGACUCAGGUAGCACCGCCCCCUGGUACACACUCGGAGGCCGCGGCACCCUCUCCUUCACGGACGAAGAUACCCACUCCGGCGAAUUCUCUGGCCACUUCUAUACGGCUGAUUACAUCAGCCCUGUCGUCCUAGGCAUCGACCAUCCUGUUGACGCAUCCUUGAUCAAGGCUGACACUGAAUACCAUUAUUCCAUCUGGAUCAAGACAAGCACGGCUGUUAAUUGCCAGUCACGAAGGAUUACUUGUGGAGCCGGGGGCGGGUACAUUUCGGGCUCCGACUGGGCUGGGCCGUAUAAUGAAUGGACGGAGUUUACUAUGAGCUGUACUUGGAGUCAAAUGUUUCUGGACAUGGUGCCGAGUAUCCAGAUUCGGGCGGAGUGUCAGAAUUUGGAGUUUUAUGUUGAUGAUGCGGUUCUUAUCGAGGCGAACUAG